GCACCCACAUAUAUAAGCCGCAAGCCGCCGCCUCCCUUCCUGCUUCGCCCUCCAUUUUUCAUCCCCUCACCCGCCUACGCCGCCGCCGCAGGAAGCCCGGCUCGCUAAUCGCCAUGGCCCGGAUCAAGGUGCACGAGCUGCGGGGGAAGAACAAGGCGGAGCUGCAGGCGCAGCUCAAGGAGCUCAAGUCGGAGCUCUCCCUCCUCCGCGUCGCCAAGGUCACCGGAGGCGCCCCCAACAAGCUCUCCAAGAUCAAGGUGGUGCGCACCUCCAUCGCGCGCGUGCUCACCGUGAUCUCGCAGAAGCAGAAGGCGGCGCUGCGGGAGGCGUACAAGAAGAAGAAGCUGCUCCCGCUCGACCUCCGCCCCAAGAAGACACGCGCCAUCCGCAGGCGCCUCACCAAGCACCAGCUCUCUUUGAAGACCGAGAGGGAGAAGAAGCGUGAAAAGUAUUUCCCUAUGAGGAAGUAUGCUAUCAAGGCCUAGAUUAGCGAAAGUGAACAUGUUUUGCCCAGAAGUUACCAGAAUUUGAUGUAUUGUCAUCUAAGUACAAUGUAGCUGAUCAACUGUGUGAUGAAAAUGCGUACUCUUUCCUUGGUGAAAUAUGCUGGCCAUUGUUAGUUUUGCUUCCACUUGAUCUUCGCCUGCCUUGCUGUAGCUUGAUAUUUGAAUCUCUGUUUUCAAGAUGAUUACUCAUUUGGGGCUUGUUUGGAUC